UUAAUUACUUGAUUUCUUGAAUUGUGCAUAUUCAGGCAAAUCUCUUUGUUAUUGAUAUUAGGUAUACCACUAGAACUAGAAUAUAACAAAAUUAGGUUUGCUAGUCAUGAAUAAAAAUCUAGAGCCAUAUAAAGCAAGUAAAAAAAUAUCUAUCAGUUUUGACCUGACUGUUGUUUGCGCCUUGCAGUCUGUGGUUUUGGCGGGAAAUUUUGACAUGGGUUCUAGUUGGAAAUUUUUCGCCUGUUGAGCAAAAUAAUAAUUUUCAUGAAUUAUUAAAACUGUGACCAAAUAAUGUCUUCAAAGAAAUCUGAUGAUUACCGCAAGCUACCGUUUAAUUCUGACUUAAUAUCUCAAGCAGAAUUCUAUACAUACAACAACAUUAGCACCUUAUUAGCUAUGUGUGAAGAGUACAAGGAAAAAGUUCUGAACUGUCGAACCAUCGGAAUAUUAGAAAGUAUAAAUGGACGUUUUCAUCUGAAAGACAUAGAUAGUAAAGAUGACACACCCAAGAUUAGAGUUUCCAUGGUGUAUGUGAAGAGUCAACUGCCAUCAACAGUCAUUCCUUAUGUGGUGCAAGUGUUUGGUGUUUUACAGUGGACGAGUAAACCAGUUAUAUUUGCUAAAAUAAUACAGGUGCUAGAUACAGCUACAGGUAUAAGACUAAGCGAAGCUCUGAAAAGUAUAACCAGUCUCCAUUUAGCAAAUCCGUUGAAUAGCAGUGAAGAAUAAAUUAAGUUUUCUGGACGGUUGUGUUCAGCCAAAGGAUGUUGUUCUAUUUGUGACAUCAAACAAUCAUCCAUCAGUUAAGGCAACGUUGACUCCGGUCGGUAACUCGAUGGGUGACCAAUAUUGAAUAGAAUAAAUUAUUCAAUUAAACUUUUACAAGUGUUUUUGAAUCAUCAAAAUAUUUUACCACUGGUUCAGAAUGCCAUUCCUACCAAGAAGAAUCAGUAAGAAACUCUUCUUUGGAAAGAUUGAUUAUUGGCAUUGGCAUUCAUUUGAUAUGAUGGCUUUAGGAGGGAAUCCUUUAUAUCAGCACUCUCAGUACUUGGCAAUAAAUUGUCAUCAGGUAGAUUUCCGUCAUGGUUAUUGGGUUGAGCAAAAAAUAGUGCAUAUUUUUUGGAAAGAAUACAUAUUUAUUACAUCCUAAAUAAAUACAAUUAUCAACAAGACAUUAACAUUUACAACACUCCCUCACCACCUCACUAUCAAUAUUAUAAUAAUAAAAAAAAUGAUUGGCAUUUUAUUGCAUAUAAAAAUCUUAUUUCAACAAUUAUUAUUAAGCUGAUAAGUUAGUACUAUGUCAUCAUGGUAAUAAAAAAUUAGGAAUCUGCAUUUUGUGAAGUCAUAAUUAUCAUCAUCCUGUUACCGGCUCACUACUGAUCACAGAUCUCUCAGAAUAAGUCCACCAGACUAGUCAAGUGUGGAUUGGAAGAUUUCGCACUCCCUUGAGAACAUUAUGGAUUUUUUGUAAAUUUUUCAUAUCAAAAAUCUGUAGCAAUGAAACAUUACAAGGUCUGUUUUAAGAAUAUGUUAGAUUGCUAAUUUCAUAUCCAAAUGUAGAAGUUAUCUGAAUGGACUUUGUUCUGUGAUCAUGACAAUGUGUUUUUUGAAUUCACACAUAUUUUUAAUGGAUCGUGCAAUAUGAGAUGGUAUUUUAUAUGAUGUGAUUUUCACAAACUAAAUAAUAACAUAAUUUCUACACCAAUAUUCACAUUAUAUAUAAUUUGAAAGCAGCAUAUUAUGGUUUGUGUUUUAAUUUUGCAAUGGAAUGCAUAUGGGUAUAUUAUUUUACAAGGAAACAGAAAGUCAGUCAGCAAGAUUCUUUAAACCUAACUGGAUUUGUAUUGUACCAAAUAUGUGAUGGACAUCAUAAAAAACGGGUCUAAGUUCUAGAAGUAAGAUUAUAACUACAAGAUAAAUUACUAGAUACCAACAAUUUUAGUUUUUACAAAA